CUCCUUUAGUCGAGGCAAACUGCUAGGGCUAUCGAAGCCAAUCCAAGCCGCAAGCGAAGUGUAGGGUAUUGUUUGCUUUGGUCGCCGCACGUGGUUUUGAAUUGAGUGUUCAUGUUGUGUGGUGUCCUGUAUUUCACACGUUUCAUUCACACAAUUUUCUAUUUGCGUAACUACGUGCAACAUGCACAUUUUGGUGAAGUGGCCAGGCGUGAAUAUGCUGGACGUUUAUCCCGUCGACAGCCUGCAAGAUAUCGAAUUAGGUUUAAGUAUUUCGUAUGUCCCGGCCGUCCCGGCAAACGUGGACAUCGCUAAGGGGAAGACAUUCCUCAUACGGUGCAGCAAGAAUGCAGAGCCCUCUGAAGCCUUCUUCGUUGCUGCGGGCCUCAGGGUGCACACUGUACACAUUGUGCAGAGCACAAUCGGUGCAUGCAAAUGCCCGCCUGACAAAGAAGCUUCGCAAAGCCAAAGAGAAGUGUGUCAUGACCAACAUGGUGGAUCAAAUGGAAAAUGUAAUCCAGACUGCCUCCAGCCAGAACGCUGCUGCUGUUACAGCAGCUCCAAUGCUGGACAUCGGCUUAGGUGUUUGCAUGGACGCUGGUGUUCUGCACAGAAUAGAGAGAAACAGCAAAGGGGAUAGGACAAGGCUGGCCCGUGCCCUCAUUUGGGCAGUGUUUUCUCCUGAGGAGAUGAUUGGGCGAACUUCAUAUGGGAUACCAUGCAACGCCCACUAAGGUGCUGCUCUGAAACCUGCAGUGGAUGAGACACGGCAUGAAGCAGUUCUGGUGUCAACCUCGUGAUUUGGCUUGCUGGAACCAUCACAUUCAUGUGGCACACUUUUGCAAUGCCAUUGGCAGCAACAACCAUGUUCUAAGAGUUGGAGCUGGACUGCCAGAAGUAGACCAAGAUGGUAAUCUGCACUUCUUUUGCACCAUACAGAUGCAAGAAAACAACAAGUCUGCGAGAGAUCAAGGAGAGCGUUGUGUCCAUGCUUUCGAAAAUGAAAUAAUCACCCGUAAUAAAUUAUGUGUAUUAUCAGUAA